UCUCGGGAAUGUGUGGUUAUUGCCACAACUUCGUAAAGAAUUAUAGUACGAUCGCAUCUCCCUUGACUGAUCUAACUCGACUUGACACACCAUGGGAUUGUACCGACGAGUGUGAGGCAACUUUCAAGCGUUUGAAGCAUGCUCUCACACACCAUGAGGUUCUCAUGGUACCCGACCCGCAAAGGCCAUUUGUUGUAACCACUGACGCAAGCCAAUACGGCAUUGGCGCAGUGCUGGCUCAACAGGACAAGAAAAAGUUGAGACCGGUCGAGUACAUGAGCAAAAAGAUGCCAUCAAAGAAGUUGGCAAAGUCCACCUACGAGAGGGAACUCUAUGCUCUCUACAAGGCACUUGUCCACUGGAGGCACUAUCUGUUAGGAAGGUUCUUCUACUUGAGAACUGACCAUCAGACCCUCAAGUGGAUCAAGACACAACCCGUUCUCUCCGAUGCACUCAAACGCUGGAUUGAAGUCAUAGAUCAGUAUGACUUCAAACUAGACUAUGUGAAAGGAGAGUACAAUAAGGUUGCAUAUGCGUUGUGUAGAAGGGCAGAUUAUCUGGGUGCACUAAUUUAUGAGUUUGGCUUUUCUGAAGACGUGACUCGAUCUUUGGGGGAAGCCUACAGGGAAGAUCUCAUCACGAUGGACAUCAUCAACAAACUGCAGGCCAAAGACAAGGCCAUCACUGACGAGUUUGUGAUGGUGGAUGGGUUACUUUUUCUUGAAAAGGCAGGGUUCAAAAGGAUAGUUGUUCCAUCUAGCGAAAUUUUGCGUAGUUUAUUCUUAGGAGAAUGUCACGACGCAACGGGACAUUUCGGCUACAAGAAGACCAGUGCUAACUUAGUACAGCGAUUUUGGUGGCCUAACAUGCUAGACGAUGCAAAGAAGUAUGUACAGACCUGUCAAGUCUGUCAGCGGGACAAGCCGCGGACUCAAGCUCCGCUUGGGUUACUCAAGCCUCUACCCAUUCCUGCUGGCCGAGGGCAGAGUAUCUCCAUGGACUGCAUGGAUUCUCUCGUGACCAGCAAGAAUGGCAAGAGGCACAUCUUCGUCAUAGUGGAUAGGUUCACUAAGUAUGCUAGACUAAUUGCCAUGCCGGAGACUGCCAGGACUGAGCAUGUCAUUAAGUUGUUCAUGGACAACUGGGUGCGUGACUUUGGACUGCCAAAGACAAUCGUUAGUGAUAGAGACGUGUGUUUCACAAGGGAGAUGUGUAAGAAGGCCGCUGAACAGAUGGGCAGCCAGCUUCAGAUGACUUUUGGGAAUCAUCCCGAAGCAAAUAGGCAGGCUGAACAGAUGAACCGUGUGGUGCAGCAUCUGCUGAGGCAUUACAUCAAGCCCAGCCAGGAUGACUGGGAUGAGAAAUUACCUCUCAUCGCCAGYCWGUACAAYAAURYUGUACAYARSACCACCGGCGUCARUCCURRUCARCUGCAUCUGGGAUGGAAGCCUAGAUCUGCUCUAGACUUCCUCCUGCCUGAAAACCGAACUGCUGCAACUCCUGGAACCAUUGAAUUUGGUGUCCAGUAUGAGAAAUUGUUGCAGCAGACUGUCGAACACAUCAAGAAAUCUCAGGAAGCUAUGAUUGCUUCUGAGAACAAGCGUCGCCGACAGUCCACGUUUCAGGUAGGGGAUCGUGUCUGGGUCAAGGCUAGUGAGUUGGGACAGGAGUUUGGCAUCUCUAGGAAACUAAUGCCCCAGUAUUUCGAUCCCUGGGAAGUCUUAGACAUUGUGGGGAAUGAUUUGGAUGGUCCCUCGUACGUCAUUUGUAUCCCUGGUCGCCUACGCACUUGCCCUGUUUUUCACGCCUCCAAGCUUGCACCUUUCGCUGAGACAGCACAGUUCCCAUCGCGGAGAUCUAUGCUGCCCCCAACCAUGGAUGGCCACAUGGACGUUGAUGACAUUCUGGAUCACAGAGACACGCCUGUUCCCAAGCCACCUGGUAGGGGAAGACCUCCUAAACCUGCAAGGGAGUUUAGAGUACAUUCAGGCAUCAUACUGAUUCGAAGGAAGAUCGAUGGAUUUCAAGGGAGGAACUUGUCAAGACAGCUCCUCAGAUCAAUAAAGGUUCACCGGCAGAACUUCUCACUUCUUGCUCAGCGGGCGGACUUAGUUGCUCACCUAGUGGACGAGCUUAUUGACGAGAGCCCUGCAUUAUCUUCCCAAGCAAUCGAUUACUUAAAGUCCCUGGAGAGAACUCUUCAGAAAGCGAAGACGUUCGUUCAAGGGUGCCACAAAUGGAGCAGAAUCUACCUGCUUCUCCAAGGAGAGUUCGUGGUUGAUCAGCUUGCAGAAUUCAGCUCUGUACUGGACAAUUUACUACAGCUCAUCCCUCUGCAGCAGCUACCAGUCUCUGACGACGUCCAUGAUCAGAUCUACAGAGUGAGUGCAACAUUGAAGGCAGCACAAUUCAAGGUUCACGGAAGCGAGCACAGGUUGUCUUUGUCGUUGCGAGGAAUCUUGGGACAGCGGACCGGACAGCUGCAAUUGAGUGAAGAGCUGCUUUCUGAGUUCCAGAAGUUGCUUGGUCUCAAGUCUCCGGAAAGCUGGAGGAGGGAGGAAGAGGCACUAAAACGACAUCAUGAUGAAGCACGAGCAGAACAGGAUGCGAUGGAGGAGCGGUACAUACAAGGAAUCCUCUCCCUAUUGAAGAAGGCAGAAGAAGAAUGCUCCUCAUUCAGAGGCAUGAAAAAAGAUCUGAUGGGUGGGCUCCCUGCAAGUCUAUCACUCAACGAAGGAAGUUUCACUUCAGAUAGCGGAGAUAGCAAAGAGUGUGUUGAUGAAAGAAAGCAGUUAAAGGAGAGCGGACGACAGACUACAAAUGCGGAGGACAGAGCAAGCCUUUCACAGGGGCUCCCUACGUACCCAGCAGUCUGGGCAAAUGCAUUCAAGGGAGAUUACGAAGAUGGGGGACGAAGGGGACAACCAGACACAAGUCCAAGGGCAAGUGUUGAUAUGCAGCAUCCUAUUCGGCGACAGGUAGGUAGUAGUGCCUUUGACGUGCGGAGUGGUGGGAGGCCACCCACUGGCAGCAGAGGGAGACUCAGUCUGGAGGAGAAGGACCUUUGUCAUGCUCUGGGGAACAGCGACAGUGGCUCAGCCGCAGAGAGCAGUGAUAAGAGUAUUGAUUGUGUCCACUCAUGGUCAAACACUUCUCGAUCGGGAGAUGGUAUGCCAUCUCCAGUGAAUGUGCUGCACGGAUACCACCAAAGCAAUCAACAAGAUCAGGGCAGCCAUCAGCCUGAAUCACAGAACAGAGGAGAUUGGUCAGGUGGUGGCAGAAGUGGUGGAGAACACGGAAAUUUUGCACCGUAUGGUGUAGCCGCAGCCCCGGUAGUAAGUUCACCCCUGCAUGUCCGACCGCAUGAUGCAAACUGUGAGCCGUCCGAUGGGUCGGGGAAACCACAUCACGGCCAGUGGCGCCAUCCACCAUCCUACGUUCCACGAUCAAUAGGAAAGGCAGCAGCCCAGCGUGCUGCCGCUAUGCAAGAACCUCACGCUCCAUCGAGGCAAGAAACACCGUCCAUGCGGACCAUUGAGGGCAUACCGGACAUGGUUAAGAAGCUCCAACAACAUCGGGAAGAGCCGCAACUGCAGAGUAGCAUACUUUAUGAACUGCGUCUCCUUACAAAGGUGCAUGACGAUGCAAGGAGGGUCGUGGCGGAAGUUGGGGGCAUUCAGCCAGUUGUACAGUUGCUGGACUCCUCGGAUGACAAGGUCGUUGAGGGCUCGGUCACAGUGCUGCUUAAUUUGUCUUUGAGGAAGGAGAACAAGGAUAGCAUCAUUGAAGCGGGUGGACUUCCAGGAUUGGUGCGGGUUUUGGAGAUGGGCAACAUGGUGUCAAGAGAGAAUGCCGCCGCAGCUGUGUUCAGCCUGUCCAUUGUUGACAACAACAAAAGGCUGAUCGCAAAGGCAGGUGCAAUACCACCCCUAGUUAAACUCCUACAGGAAGGGAGGCCGAGUGGCCAGCGAGAUGCAAUUGUGGCUCUGUUCAAUCUGUCUCUUGCCACAGCAAACAGGUUGAUGAUUGUCCAGGCCGGUGCAAUCCCACCAUUAGUGAAUUUGAUGGCUGAAUUUACACCUUGCGCAGAGGACGGUGAAAACGCUUUACCAGAGAAGUCCAUCACACUGUUAUCGAGUUUAACGGUCAUUCGUGAGGGACAAGAUGAGCUCGCCGAGUGCGAAGGGAUUCCUCUACUGGUUGCCAUUCUUGAGACAGGAUCAUGGAGUGCACGAGAGAGUGCGACAUGCGUGCUCCUCUAUCUGUGCAAAGGCAACGAGAGCAACAAAUGCAAGGUGCUUCAAGAGGUGGUCAUCCCGCCGUUGAUUGUCGUUGCAAAGUCGAAGCAGGCAUCAAUGAGAGCAAAAGAGAAGGCAAGCGAGCUGCUGAGAUUCUUCCGGGAAUCGCGGCAAACUUUCUAAACUCUUCCUGGGAACGUCAUGGUCGGCGUCAUUCCUUUUUCUUCGGUAUUUAUGAUUAAUUCAAGGGCGGCAUUAUGUCACUCGUCUUGAGAGAUGGGCCUGCUCAGGGAAACACAUCAAGGUGAGUGUGUUGAGACCGGAGUGUGUGUAUAAUGGCUGUGGAGAUGGGUCUUUAUCUCUGAUAGAUGGUGGCCCCUCAGAAGUGAGUUCCUCCGUGCCAAUAGACCUCCACCUUCUCUUUUUUUCUUUGGAUGAUCCUUCUUCAGGUUCACCAACGGAAACCUUGGUACAAUUUCUCCUUCCUCUUAAGCGAUAAGGUACAGUGAAUGUCUCACAGCACCCCCAGCGGCGAACCGUCGAGACCACCGCGAUCCAGACACUUCACCAGAGCAUUCAAUCGGUGGGAUUGACGGACGGUGUGUACACAGGGCAGGGGCGUAAUCAGCGUGAGCUUAUGACUCAUGCUUUCUAGGCCUUACCUCCAUCCUUUUUAUUUAUUUAUUAUUAUUAUUAUUUUUUUAAAUACCCCGUUCUGCAUUGUUUUAUAGGCUAUCAGUGCUGUGAUUCAAAUGGCAUUCGGACUGGAACCGUGCGGAACAGCUCUCUGGCCCGUUGGUAUUGUCCCAGGUAUGGGGGCGGCGGAUAUGUUGUGGACCUGGGAUGGGCUGUCUGUUUCUCUGGAAGGUCUCCUCCCGAAUUUUGUGCAUCGAGACAAGACUUGUAGAUAUGAUCGAUCAAUAGUUUUAAAACUUUUUAAAACAUUUUUGUUCUCCGUCUCUUACAGGCGUUCUGCACUGGGAGCAGAGAUCUUCUUGCCUCCCUGGGGACAUUUUUGCCAAAUGCCUGAGGACUUCGACUGUCGGGUAACUGAGAAAACUUCCCUUUACUCUUUGCGACCAUCCGUGUAACUUCUCAAACCACCAUAACAGGUUCAUAAAUAAUAAUUAUUUUCCAUCCGACCAAACGUGACAAAGGAGAAGGAAAAAGCACUUCCUUCUCAUCCUGGAAAGACAACGUAUGUUCGCCAGGCCAGGCACAACCCUGGAGUAGCAUUUGCUUUAUCUCUGAAAAUUUGGAAGCCAGGGACGAAGAAAGAAAGCAGAUGAAAGGAAGAGUGGAGCUGGUCUUACCCUUGGCAAUUUUGAAAG